AUGUCUUCCUAUAAUGUUUCGUCUACGUCGUCUUACCUGCAGGCGAUGCAGCCGAUGAUCGAGUCGCUGAACCGUUUGCAGUUGGAUGAGGAGGGUGCGGGUUUCAAGUUGCCAAACAUUGACGAUGGAAGCUCAAAAAUAGACAUUUCCAAGCAGGUGACGAAUUUACUGAAAGAAUUUGAAAAUUGUGCUGAUAUAGAGCUUGACGACGAGUCGACGGAGGAUACCGAAGAGGAGGAGGCUGCUGCGCUUCUUUCCGAGAUCAAAAGCGAUUGUGAGCGGAUCAACACCGAGAAUGCUGAGCAAAUGGUGGAAAGCAUACUCUCGAUUCUUGAGUCAGAUAACAACUCGCACAUCGAGUCAGGACUAUUUGAUCUUUUGGGUUUUGGGGAGUUUGACCUGAUUUCAAAGAUUUUGCAAAACAAGGACGCCAUUCUCGAAGAAAAGAGGACGCAGACACAGAUGCUACAGCUGAUGAGCGAACAAGAGAUCCGACAACAGGCAAACGUCAACCGCAAAGAAUCAAAGAACGCCAAACUGGAAUGGGAGCAGGCCAGACAGCAGUAUCCGCAUGUUUUCCGGGUCCACGACGCGGGCAAUGUCAUUUCGUUCACAGGCAAAAAAUACAGUCUCCCGUUUGGUACCACUAGGAACUCCUAUGAAAACUACGAGGAGAUCAUAAUCCCCAAGUCAGAGAAAAAGCCUUCAAAAUUCAAAGAGGUGUACAUUCCGGUGAAAACGCUGGAUUACCUUUGCCAGGGCACGUUCAAAGGGUACAAGACUCUCAACCGCAUGCAAUCACUUAUAUACCCGGUUGCGUAUGAAACGAACGAGAACAUGCUGGUUUGUGCUCCUACUGGUGCGGGAAAGACGGAUGUCGCUUUGUUGACCAUUUUGCACACCAUCAAACAGUUCCUGUCCGAGUCGGAGGACGAUGACCGUGUGCAGGCAGACAUAGACUACGACGAGUUCAAAAUUGUGUAUGUUGCUCCGCUGAAAGCUUUGGCAGCAGAAAUCGUUGAAAAGUUCAGCAAAAAGCUUGCGUGGCUGGGCAUACAGGUUAGGGAGCUCACUGGGGACAUGCAGCUCACCAAGGCUGAGAUUAUGACGACGCAGAUCAUCGUCACGACGCCCGAGAAAUGGGACGUCGUGACACGCAAAUCGACCGGCGACAGCGAGUUGGUUGAGAAAGUGAAGCUGCUGAUUAUAGACGAGGUCCAUCUGUUGCACGAGGACAGAGGAUCUGUUAUUGAGACUUUGGUCGCCAGGACGCUGCGGCAAGUGGAAAGUUCGCAGUCGAUGAUCCGCGUGAUUGGUCUUUCGGCCACGCUCCCGAAUUUUGUGGACGUAGCGGACUUUCUGGGGGUCAACCGGCAGGUCGGGAUGUUCUACUUUGACCAGUCGUUCCGUCCAGUUCCGCUGGAGCAGCAGCUGAUUGGAGUGAGGGCCAAGGCGGGAAGCAUGCAGUCGCGCGACAAGCUUGACAAGACGGCGUACAGGAAGCUGGUGGAGAUGGUGGAAAGGGGCCACCAGGUGAUGGUUUUUGUGCACUCGAGAAAAGACACGGUCAACACUGCGCGCAACUUCAUCAAGAUGGCCGCUGAGAACGACGAGGCGUGGCUUUUCGACUGCUCUGCUGCUCCGAAACACAGUUUUUUUGAGCGAGAGAUGAGCAAAAAUAAAAACAAAGACCUUAGAGAGCUGUUCCAGAACGGGUUCGGCGUCCACCAUGCUGGAAUGCUGCGGAGCGACAGAAACCUGACUGAGAAAAUGUUUCUCUCCGGGACGAUCAGGGUGCUGUGUUGCACGGCCACGCUUGCGUGGGGUGUCAACCUGCCUGCUGCUGUGGUCAUCGUGAAGGGUACGCAGGUGUACGACUCGAAGGCCGGUGGCUUUGUGGACCUGGGCAUUUCAGACGUGAUCCAGAUUUUUGGCCGUGCCGGCAGACCGCAGUUCGAGAGCCACGGUAUUGGAAUCCUGUGCACCACGAGCGACAAGCUGGACCACUACAUCUCUCUUCUUUUGCAGCAGCACCCGAUCGAGUCGAAACUGUCGGCUAAACUGGUGGACAAUCUGAAUGCAGAGAUCUCCCUGGGUACCGUCACCAACGUCGACGAGGGCGUGCAGUGGCUCGGCUACACGUACAUGUAUGUUCGGAUGAAGCAGAACCCGUUUGCGUACGGAAUAGACUGGCAGGAGCUUGCCAAAGACCCGCUGCUGGUGCAAAAAAGACGCGACAUGAUUAUCGACGCUGCCAAAAAGCUGCACUCGUUGCAGAUGAUUGUUUUCGAUGAACGGUCGGGAGCGUUCAUUCCGAAGGAUCUGGGCCGCGUCGCGUCUGAUUUCUACCUACUGAACGAGUCUGUCGAAAUCUUCAACCAGAUGAUGAGCCCCAAGGCCACUGAGGCGGACGUACUGAGCAUCAUCGCGAUGAGCUCGGAGUUCGACAACAUUAAGUUCCGCGAGGAGGAGUCCAAGGAGCUGGAGCAGCUCAAAAACGACAAGACAGCGUGCGAGAUCGCCGCGGAGGUUGCGUCCGCCCAGGGCAAGUCCAACAUCCUCCUUCAGGCGUACAUUUCGCGGGCAGCCAUCAAAGAUUCUGCGCUGAUCUCAGACGCCAACUACGUGGCACAGAAUGCCGCGAGGAUCUGCCGUGCGCUGUUUCUGAUUGGGUUGAACCGCCGGUGGGGCGUUUUUGCGCGCGUGAUGCUGUCCAUCUGCAAAUCGAUCGAGAAACAGCUCUGGUCGUUCAACCACCCGAUGCGACAGUUUGAGCUCCCGCAGCAGAUCCUCCGCAACAUCGAGGCUCACGGCCCGUCGAUGGAGACGCUGCGCGACAUGAGCGCGGCCGAGCUCGGGGACCUCGUGCACAACGCCAGAAUGGGGCCCAUCCUGUACAGGCUCGUGGGCCGGUUCCCGUACGUGCUGGUGGACGCCGAGGUGUUUCCGGUGACGACAAACGUGAUGCGUGUGCACGUGACCAUAGAGCCCGAUUUUGCGUGGCAUUUUGAGACGCACGGCAACGUCCAGCUAUUCUGGCUUCUGGUUGAGGAGAGCGACAAGGGCUCGAUCCUGCACUUCGAGAAGUUUCUGCUGAGCAAGCGGCAGAUGAGCGCGCCGCACGAGAUGGACUUUAUGAUCCCGCUCAGCGACCCGCCGCCGCCCCAGAUCGUGGUCCGUGCUCUCAGCGACAGUUGGAUCGGCUCUGAGACGGUGCACGCGGUCUCGUUCCAGAAGCUGAUCAAGCCGCACAACGAGACCAUCCAGACGAAGCUUUUGCGGCUGCAGCCGCUGCCUAUCACGGCUCUGCACAACCAGGAGGUGGAGAAAAUCUACGGAGCUAAAUUCCACUAUUUCAACCCGAUGCAGACGAUGGUGUUCCACACGCUGUACAACACCAACUCCAGCGUGUUUGUUGGCUCGCCGACGGGGUCUGGGAAGACGGUAGUCGCAGAGUUGGCCAUCUGGCACGCUUUCAACGAGUUUCCUGGCUCCAAGGUGGUUUACAUUGCGCCAAUGAAAGCUUUGGUUAGAGAGCGGGUUGACGACUGGAGACAGCGCAUCUCCAGGAACACGAAGCACAGGGUGGUGGAAAUGACGGGAGAUUCGCUGCCGGAAGCGCGCGAGGUGCGUGAGGCCGACAUAGUCAUCACCACGCCGGAGAAAUUUGAUGGUAUCUCCCGUAACUGGCAGACACGGAAAUUUGUGCAGGACGUCUCGCUCGUGAUUAUGGACGAAAUUCAUUUGCUGGCCAGUGACAGAGGACCGAUUUUGGAGAUUAUUGUCAGCAGAAUGAACUUCAUCUCGUCAUUCACCAAAAAGCCUAUUCGGCUACUUGGCCUGUCAACUGCCAUCUCCAAUGCCAUGGACAUGGCCGGGUGGCUGGGCGUGAGGGACGGGCUGUUUAAUUUUCCGCCGAGCGUGCGGCCGGUGCCGCUGCAGAUGUACAUCGACGGGUUCCCAGACAACCUGGCUUUUUGUCCGCUGAUGAAAACGAUGAACAAGCCAGCGUUCAUGGCCAUCAAACAGCACUCGCCGCAGAAACCGGUUCUCAUUUUCGUCGCCUCGCGAAGACAGACCAGACUGACCGCGCUGGACCUGAUCCACCUCUGUGGGAUGGAGGAGAACCCAAGACGGUUUCUGAAGAUGGACGACACAGAACUACAGCAGAUUCUACCAAAAGUCAAGGACGAAACGUUGAAACUGUCUCUGCAGUUUGGUAUAGGGCUGCACCAUGCCGGCUUAGUGGAGAGCGACCGGCAGAUCUCGCACAAGCUGUUUGAGCAGAGCAAGAUCCAGAUUUUGGUUGCCACGUCCACGCUCGCCUGGGGAGUCAACCUGCCUGCGUACUUGGUGAUCAUCAAGGGAACGCAGUUCUUCGACGCCAAAAUCGAGGGCUACAGAGACAUGGACCUGACAGACAUUUUGCAGAUGAUGGGACGAGCAGGAAGACCGGCUUUCGACACCAGCGGCGUGGCCAUUGUGUUCACCAAGGAGUCGAAAAAGCAGUUCUACAAGCACUUCCUCAAUGUCGGGUUUCCAGUUGAGUCGUCGCUCCACAAGGUGUUGGACAACCACCUGGGAGCCGAGAUUUCGGCAGGAACUAUCAAAACCAGGCAGGACGCGGUUGAGUUUCUUACCUGGACGUUUCUGUACCGAAGGGCGCACCACAACCCGACGUAUUACGGAAUUACCGAUAAUAGCACCGAGGGAAUAAGCAAGUUCCUGAGCGACCUGAUCGAUAAUUCUAUUGAGAAUCUGAAGGAGUCCAAAUGUGUGAUCUCGUACUCCGACAAGCUGAAACCAACGCCGUUCCUCCACAUAGCGUCGUACUAUUAUCUGUCGCACAAGACGCUGCGCAACCUGCUCAAAUCCGUUGUCCCCAAAGCCUCAUUCCGCCAGUGUCUGAGAUGGCUGGCCGAGGCCACAGAGUACGACGAGCUGCCAACGCGACACGGCGAGGAACUGAUCAACAUGGAGCUGUCCCAGCAGAUGCGCUAUCCUGCCAACGACAUGGAGAAUGCCGAGUUUAUUUGGGACCCGCACAUCAAGGCGUUCCUGCUGCUGCAGGCCUAUUUUUCGAGAAUUGAGCUGCCAAUAGCAGACUACUCUCAGGACACAGUUUCCGUGCUGGACCAGAGUCUGCGUAUUUUGCAGGCGUACAUUGACGCGGCAGCCGAGCUGGGCUAUCUGUCGACGGUGUUGAUGCUGAUCAGACUGAUGCAGUGCGUGAAGCAGGCAGUGUGGUUUGACGAGGACUUUAUCUACGCUUUGCCUGGGAUGAGAGUGAACGACUGGGAAAAAACAGAGAACGACGGCAAAUACACAGGGCUGCCGCCGCCUUCAUUGCUCCAGAAAGCAGGCGAGCAGGCCGGAGAACUGAACAAAUUGGUGCACCGGCUGAAGCCGAAAAAUAUCGAGCAGUUCAAAAAGAUCGUCUCCACCCUUCCCGUUGGCAAAUACAGGGCUGCGAAAACGGACAAAGAGAUCCACGUCGAGCUGGUGCACUCGAAUCCCCCGCUGAAUCGCGACUUCAAGGUCUACUGUCCAAAAUUCUCGAAGCCGCAGCGAGAAACGUGGUUUGCGAUAGCCUGCAGCCUCGAAACGGACCAGAUCUACGCUAUGAAACGGCUCUCACCAAAACGAAUUGGCGGAGUCGACAAGGUUGAGGGGACGUUGACGGUGGCUACGUCUGAGCCGCUGGAGGUGCUUCUGGUCUCGGACUUCACUGAUCUGCACUACCAAAUGCCUGUGUAA